UUGUAAUUAGCACCACACUUGUGAAGCACCAACCACUCUAUAUGUAUUUAAAAACACAAUUAUUGGUUUGGCUCAGACUUCUCUGUUUUUCCUUACAAUGGCAUCCUCAACUCACAAGCAACAGCAACACUUGCCAAACUUGUACGGCGCCAUCGCAGCCCCACCUCCAACCCCUUCCGCGCAGCCCAACCACCACCUUGUCUCGUCAUCCGACGCCGCUGAUGCACUUUCCAAGCUCCUCCACCGUCUCCCUCCUACUCUCUCCCUCCCUACUCGCCGCUCUUCCCCAUCCACCACCUCUCCUCCUAGCCUUUCUUUCUCUGACCCUAACCUUAAUCAUCUUCUCCUCUCCUCUGCUUCCAAACUCGGGUUCUUCCAACUCACUUCCCAUGACAUAUCUUCCCAACUCGCUAACUCAGCUGAAACUGAAUCACACUCUCUCUUUGAACUCACUAAGGACCAAAAAGAGUCAUGUUUCCCUAAAAACUGGCCUUUAGGCUUUGACGCUGAUGAGGAAGAAGACGAGGAUGGGAAGGGUACUGAGUCAUUUUGCUUGGAUGCUGAGUGUUCAACUGAGUCAACAAACCUGUUAUUGAGUUCUCUACGUGAGUUCACUCAGGGUUUGGAGAAACUGGGGUUGAAGAUCAUUGAUGCGUUGGCAAAUGCAGUAGGGUUUGAGAACCCGAUUGGAGAGAAUCCGACCCGGUUUUGUUCUUUGAUGUGGAUAUCAGAAGGUUUGCAUGGGGAAAAUAAAAAACCAUCGGGCGGGUUUUACCCGUAUGUCAUUGGGUUGCAAUACCAACUCAGGUGCCAAAAAUAUUCUUUGUUGGCGGAUUCGGGUUGGGUUUCGGUUUCACCCCAAGUGGACUCAAUCAUGGUCACUCUCGGUGACAUUGCUCAAGUUUGGAGCAAUGGGAAACUAAAGAAAGUGAGAGGAAGACCCGUGGCAUGUUUGGGCGACGGAAACAACUACCGUUGUGUAUCAAUGUCACUGUUAGUGACACUUCCAAUUGACAGUAGGGUCACUCCUCUCCUUCCCAUGGGCGUUGAUGAUGAUAUUGGAAUUAGCGACGAUGAGGAAAGUCAAGCUCGUGGCAAUAAGGAGAAGAAAGAAGAGAGAUUGUUUAAUUCAUUUUCAUUUGAAGACUAUGCAUGGAGAGUUUAUCAUGAAUGCUUCCUCUUCAAAGAUCCACUUGAUAGAUAUCGCAUCUAAAGUUUCAAUAAUGGGAUUUUUGUAGUACAAUUUUUGUUUUGGUUCCUUUCUUUGUCUUUAUCAAUCAUUUUGUGAGAUUUAGUGAUGGACAACAAGUUUCAUGGCAAAAUGAUUUAUCAAACUUUAUUGUCAUUGGAAACUCAAAGCAUGCAAUCAUAUUUAAGAAAUAAUAUUUAUCAUUGAAUGCUUCAAAGAAUUCAUAAUCU